AUGGAGGACCAGAGGGAGGCUCUGCGGAAGAUCAUCACCACGCUGGCUGUGAAGAAUGAAGAGAUUCAGAGUUUUAUCUACUCCCUGAAACAGAUGCUGCUGAACGUGGAGGCAAAUUCAACCAAGGCGCAGGAGGACCUUGAAGCGGAGUUCCAGAGCCUCAUCUCCCUCCUGGAGGAACGGAAGGAGGGCAUGCUCAUGAAGAUAAAGCAGGACCGUGCCAGCCGCACCUACGAGCUGCAGAACCAGCUGGCUGCCUGCACGCGGGCCCUGGAGAGCUCCGAGGAGCUUCUAGAGACAGCCAACCAGACCCUGCAGGCCACGGACAGUGAGGACUUUCCUCAGGCUGCAAAGCAAAUCAAAGAUGGUGUGACAAUGGCCCCUGCCUUCCGGCUGUCAUUGAAAGCCAAGGUCAGCGACAACAUGAGUCACCUCAUGGUGGACUUUGCACAGGAGCGGCAGAUGCUACAGGCGAUCAAGUUCCUUCCUGUGCCCAGCGCACCAGUGAUCGACUUGGCUGAGUCCCUGGUGGUGGAUAACUGUGUGACCCUGGUGUGGCGCAUGCCGGAGGAGGACAGCAAGAUUGACCACUUCGUGCUGGAGUACCGGCCGACCAACUUCGAGGGCCCACCCCGCCUCAAGGAGGACCAGGCGUGGAUGGUCAUCGAGGAGAUACGGCAGACAGAGUACACCCUGACAGGUCUCAAGUUUGACAUGAAAUACAUGAACUUCCGGGUGAAGGCCUGUAACAAGGCAGUUGCAGGCGAGUUCUCUGAGCCAGUGACCCUGGAGACACCAGCGUACAUGUUCCGCCUGGAUGCGUCCACAUCCCACCAGAACCUGCGGGUGAAUGAUUUCUUCGUGGAGUGGGACGCUAUGGGCGGGAAGGUGCAGGAUAUCAAGGCUCGCGAGAAAGAUGGCAAGGGGCGGACGGCGUCUCCCGUCAACUCCCCAGCCAGAGGUGCUCCGUCUCCCAAGAGGAUGCUCUCAGGUCGUGGGGGACGGGAUCGCUUCACAGCCGAGUCCUACACAGUGCUGGGGGACACGCUGAUGGACGGCGGGGAGCAUUACUGGGAGGUGCGCUACGAGCGGGACAGCAAGGCGUUCGGCGUGGGCGUGGCCUACCGCAGCCUGGGCCGCUUCGACCAGCUGGGCAAGACGGCCGCGUCCUGGUGCCUGCACGUCAACAACUGGCUGCAGAUCAGCUUCACGGCCAAGCACGCCAACAAGGUCAAGGCGCUGGACGCCCCCGUGCCCGACUGCCUGGGUGUGCACUGUGACUUCCACCAAGGCCUCCUGUCUUUCUACAAUGCCCGCACCAGUCAACUGCUGCAUACGUUCAAGGCCAAGUUCACACAGCCGCUGCUGCCUGCUUUCACGGUAUGGUGUGGCAGCUUCCAGGUGACGACAGGUCUACAAGUCCCCAGCUCUGUGCGCUGCCUGCAGAAGCGGGGCAGUGCCACGAGCAGCUCCAACACCAGCCUCACCUAG